GUUGGUUAAUUUACUGGUUCACCUCUGUUGGGGUUCUCUAAGGUGUAGUGGUCCUCGUUCUCUGGUCCAUACUUCAUUACAGUGAUUACUCAUCAUAAUUUUUUUUUUCAAAUUUUUCUCUAUAAUGACACUGCCAUGGUUAUACUUUUGUGGGACCAUGUGCUUUAAAUUUAAAUUUAUAAGAAUCGUGUAGAUUUCUACUGUCCAGUUUGUGGGGUUCCAUAUAAGAUCCGUAAGGAGACAGUGUAGUAGCUAGCGAUAAUACACACUGCUCUAUGCAUCUCAUACCUUUUUUUUAACGUUCAUGUGAGUCUACAGUAGGUGUCAUAUUUAGUUAGAUAUUGAAAGUUUAGGGUCUUUCAUUACUUCAUAUUGGAAAUUACACCUUCGAGUUAAGAGAAAAAUUAGUGUACCUGUAUACCGCGUUACUGAUCACAUCUCUCACAGAAGUCGGUUUAGUUGCAAGAGAUGUGAUUAGCAAUAUGGUCGGUAAAUUAGUAUUGGAGUUGAGGAAUGGUGGUUAAUUUUUUAAGGUUUAAAACAUUUUUAAUGUGACUUAAGCUUGAGAUUUGUGCAAAUUUAUCUAUACAGACCCCUCUAAAUUUAAGUAGAAUGUGAUUUUGGCUUUCAUUUUACACCAGAGGCUUAGAUUGUACGUCCUUUUUUAAUAUGGAAAAAAGGGUUGGUAUUGGAACCUUUUUCUGGGUAAUGCAAUGUGUCUCUAACCAUAUACGUGUGUAUUGGAAUGCAAAAAUGGGGUGCUAAUGUUUGUCAGUAUAUGGGGGAGCAGGACAAUGGCUUUGGGAAUAGAUUUCUGACCGUUGGUUUGGAAUAGUUUUGAGUCAUAUAUAUAUCGGCUCAGAUCUCUAUGAGUGAUGUACCAUAAAAACCAAGAGUCUUUGAUGGUGUGAUGCAUGAGGAAAAGAAUCCACCGCCUAGUGUACGAAAACCCAUGAUUUGUGGUGUGUAUGAUCCAAAAUUUCUAAUCAGAUUUUCACUAUGAUGGGUCCCUUUCAGUUCAGAUCUCUGGUUUUGCAGAGGCUGCUUUUAGGACUACUGUUGUAGUUAGUGGGGUGCCUCAGGGAAUCCAAAGGGUUGAUUGGGUCUUUUUUUUAUAUCUGUUAUUUACACAUUGGGCCAGACAUCAGUGUUUUCAUGUUGUUAUCAUAGCAUAUUAUGGUAGCUGAAUGAACACACAAAAUUGCAAGAGAAGGCUAAUUGAGAAUGUGUCCUUGCAUUUGGGGUUUCUAUUCACAGAAAAGUGAAAGCUAUUACAGUAUUACCUAAAUUUUGUUGACUUGAAUAGUAGGCAUGACCAAAAGAAAAAAAGAAUAGUAGGAUUGAUUUGGACCAUAGAGUUGAGGAAGUGAUUGAUAAAGCAUAUUAAGAACAAGAAUCACCAAGUGCAAGGUCCUCCAAAUUCUAAUUAAAGAUUUUUUAGUAGUGUGUUUAUUUUAAUCUUUGAUUUGGAUGGUAUUGAAUUUAAUAAACAUCUAUAAUGCAUGUUUCAUGAUAACCGAGGUUCCUAGUGUUCCAUAUAUAGCAUAUGCAUAUGCAUGCAUAUGCAUUAACACGUCUUUUCUGCUUGUCCUUUGAAUAUCUCUCCACAGUUUCUCCACCUUCUAUUCUUCUCUGUGUCUCUCAUUCUCCUUUUCCCGCCUUUAAAUCUGCUUUUCUUACGCUUUCAAAAGAAAGCAAAUCGGAAACUCCUAAAGUUGAAAGAGCAAACGAAAAGAAACUCCAUCCUCCAGUAAUGGCCUUGGUCUAAGUGUUAAAAGCAUAUUGCUUUUUAGCUUUCCUUCAAUACCCUCAUCAUGAUGGAUUCAGUGAGUCGGUCAGCUGUAACUCCAACUAAGAGUAGGCUAGCACGUACUAUUGCCAAAGUUCUGCAUCUUCGCGGUGCAACAGGUAUUGCCCCGGUUGAUGGGAUUCAGAAAGGUAACUCUCAAGAAAUUGGCAUUCAGAAGAUUAAUUACCAAGAAAUUGGGAUUCAGAAAGCCAAGUCCCAAGAAAUUGGGAUUCAGAAAGUCAAGUCUAAAGAACUUGGAAAUCAGAAAUUCAAGUCGCAAGAAAUUGGAAUUCAGAAAGUCCAGGAUGAUCGGAAUGCUCCUAAGGUUCGGGUUACUCUGUCUCAAUCAUUUGAGAAGAACAACGAGAAGCUACAGGAAAGGGCUGCCUUGGAAGCUCUUCUUGCAAAGCUGUUCGCCAGCAUUUCAUCUGUUAAAGCUGCUUAUGCUCAGCUACAAUAUGCUCAGACUCCUUAUGAUGCUGACGGAAUUCGUGCUGCUGAUCAUACAGUAGUUGACGGGUUGAAGAACUUGUCUGAGUUGAAGAGGUGUUUCUUAAAGAAGGAGUUCGAUCCUUCGCCAGAGACUACUUUAGUGUUGGCUGAGAUUGAGGAACAGAAGAGUGUUCUCAAAACAUAUGAUAUUAUGGGGAAAAAGUUGGAAUCUCAGGUCAGGCUUAAGGACUCUGAAGUAAUAUUUCUUGGUGAGAAGUUGGAGGAAGCCAAUAAACUGAACAAGUUGCUUGAAAAGAGAGUAUAUCAGAGUGGGCAGCUAUAUGUGCCUGACAAUCUUCAUUUAUCUGGUUUAAGUCCUAGCCAUUUUAUUACAGUUCUUCGGCACACAGUCAGGUCCAUUCGGAGCUUUGUUAGGGCGAUGAUGGAUGAAAUGAAAUCUGCUGGUUGGGACAUUCAUACAGCAGCUAAUUCUAUCGAUGGUGGUGAAGUUGUUUAUUGGAAAGAAGACCACAAGUGUUUUGCAUUUGAACAAUUCGUUUGCAGGGAAAUGUUUGAUGGUUUCCAAUACCCCAACUUCUCACUUCCAAACGAGUUCCUGCCAGAGAAAAAGAAACAGCAGCAACAGCUCUUUUUUGAGAGAUUCACGGAACUCAAACCUUGGAAGGCAAAGGAGUAUCUUUCCCGGAAUCCAAGAUCAGCAUUUGCCAAAUUCUGUCGCGCCAAGUACUUACGACUGAUUCAUCCCAAGAUGGAAGCAUCAUUUUCUGGCAAUCUGAAUCAGAGAAACCUUGUGAAUGCCGGUGAGUUUCCAAGCACUAAUUUCUUUUCUUUAUUUGCUGACAUGGCAAAGCGGGUCUGGCUCCUGCAUUUGUUGGCCUUCUCCUUCGAUCCCGAAGCUGCAAUCUUCCAAGUGAGCAAGGGGUGUCGAUUUUCAGAAGUCUACAUGGAAAGUGUGGCGGAGGAAGCGUUCCUUUCAACGGCAUCAGAACCGCUAGUGGGAUUCACAGUUGUUCCCGGAUUCAAACUCGGUAAAACUGUCAUUCAAUGCCAAGUUUACCUCACCUCUCAGUUACAGUCCAAUCCAAGAAAGCAAAGGUAAAGCCAUUGUUGUUGAUCAGAGGUUCAAGUUUGAUUCUUUGGUAGUUUUGGGCCCACAGCAUAUCACAUUACUGAAGAAGAAAUGGCUUACCUGGUUCCUCAUUCUGUCGUGGGCACUUCCAAUUUGGUCACCUGGACAUUUUUCUCCAUUUGUUUUUCUUUUUUGCCCAUUUCAAAAAAGGAAAGCGCGUCGACUGUUGUGUUGGAAGUUACCUUUGGAAUCAUUUCAUUGUUUAAUUUCUUCCUCCAAGAACAUCCCAAAAUUUUGUUAAUAUUAGGUCAAGUGACAGAAGGGAUUGUCUAGCUGUUCUGCAUCACUCUUUACCGGACUAUGCAUGUUUUAAUAAUGUAAAUAGUGAUAUAUAUAAGAGCUGCAAUUUAGUUUCCUAUUCCUA